CCUGCGCUUGGCCCCUGCGGGCCGCCGUCUUCGCUCUGCCGUUCUGCCGCCGUUCAGCUGUGCGGCGUCGGCUCUAGCAGCUCUGGUUGGCGCCGCUGUCGGACCGCGGGUACCCGCUGGCCGGUGGCAGCGGCGAUGGCCCCCUGAGCGGGCCAGCGGCAGGUAGCGGGUGGGCAGGCGGGCGCCGCGGCCCAGCCCAAGUCAGCACGGAAGCCGGACCGCGCCUCUUUGUCUCCACCGGCGGCGGCGCGUCCCCGGCGCCCGGGCGGAAGUGGGGCGCGCGGGGCACCUGGGCACCAUGAGCGACAUCCGCCACUCGCUGCUGCGCCGCGAUGCGCUGAGCGCCGCCAAAGAGGUGCUGUACCAUCUGGACAUCUACUUCAGCAGCCAGCUGCAGAGCGGGCCGCUGCCCAUCGUGGACAAGGGACCCGUGGAGCUACUGGAGGAGUUCGUGUUCCAGGUUCCCAAGGAGCGCGGCGCGCAGCCCAAGAGACUGAAUUCACUUCAGGAGCUUCAGCUUCUUGAAAUCAUGUGCAAUUAUUUCCAGGAGCAAACCAAGGACUCCGUGAGGCAGAUUAUUUUCUCCUCGCUUUUCAGCCCUCAGGGGAACAAAGCUGAUGACAGCAGGAUGAGCUUGUUGGGAAAGCUGGUCUCCAUGGCUGUGGCUGUAUGUCGAAUCCCAGUUUUGGAAUGUGCAGCCUCUUGGCUCCAGCGGACGCCUGUGGUCUACUGUGUGCGGCUCGCCAGGGCCUUGGUGGAUGACUACUGCUGUUUGGUACCAGGCUCCGUUCAGACACUGAAGCAGAUAUUCAGCGCCAGCCCUCGGUUCUGCUGCCAGUUCAUAACGUCUGUCACUGCUCUCUAUGACCUGUCAGCAGAUGAUCUCAUCCCACCUUUGGACUUGCUUGAAAUGAUUGUCAGUUGGAUUUUUGAGGACCCGCGGUUGAUUCUCAUCACUUUUUUAAAUACUCCAAUUGCAGCCAAUCUCCCAAUAGGAUUUUUAGAGCUCACCCCACUCAUUGGAUUGAUCCGCUGGUGCGUAAAGGCCCCCCUGGCUUAUAAAAGGAAGAAGAAGCCCUGUUUAUCGAAUGGCCACGUCAGUAACAAGGUCACAAAGGACUCAGGAGCGGGGAUGGACAGAGACUCCCAUGUCUUGUACUCGAAACUCCACCUCAGUGUUCUGCAGGUUCUCAUGACUCUCCAGCUACACUUGACUGAGAAGAAUCUGUAUGGGCGCCUGGGGCUGAUCCUGUUUGACCACAUGGUCCCUUUGGUAGAGGAGAUCAACAGACUUGCGGAUGAACUGAACCCCCUCAAUGCCUCGCAGGAGAUCGAGCUCUCGCUGGACCGGCUGGCACAGGCUUUGCAGGUGGCCAUGGCCUCGGGAGCCCUGCUGUGCACGAGAGAUGACCUGAGAACCCUGUGCUCCAGGCUGCCUCAUAACAACCUGCUCCAGCUGGUGAUCUCUGGCCCAGUGCAGCAGUCACCACACACAGCGCUGCCCCCUGGGUUCUACCCUCACAUCCACACGCCCCCGCUGGGCUAUGGGGCUGUCCCGGCCCAUCCUGCUGCCCACCCUGCCCUGCCCACACACCCUGGGCACACCUUCCUCUCUGGCGUGACGUUUCCAUUCAGGCCAAUCCGCUAGGCCGGCCUGUAACGAGCCAUGUCAUGGCCGAGUGCCUUCUGCAGCUGGGUCAGGGGAGCCUUCUGGAGAGAAGGGGUGCUGGCCCCCCCAGAAGAAGAGCCUAGGGAGGCAGCAGGCGGCUCCUCCUGGCUGGCAGACCAUCUUCACUUGAAGUUCCAAGUCACCGUUCAGUUGCCUGCCUGCCUGGUCACAUUCUUAAAAAUCCAGAUUGGAUGGAUGAAAGGGAAGCAUGCUGGCCUCUGCAGAGUGUUCCGCCAGUGUUUUCAUAUUCCGGUUCUGUGGGCUCUGGCUCACUCGCUGCCAUCCAGGCGAGCCCUUGGAGCCUGUGCCCAGGGGAGAACUAGAGAGAAGCCUCGGCGGUACACCCAUCUGCCCACCUCUCGGUCUGUGAAUGUGACUCAUCCCUACCACAGACACAGGCUCCUUCUGCAGCUCCGUGAGCUCAGAAUGGAAGUGCUGCGACCCCAACUUGGGCAGCCCGGGCGCCGCUCACAGACACCUGUUCACAAAGGAACUUCUGUUUUAUCGGGCGUCUCUAAAUUUUCCUUUCAUAUGUUCAAAUAAAUGUUUUCUAAAUAGU